AUGUCGAAGAAGCCGGCGGCGCAGCCCACGCUGCACAAGGUGAUCAUGGUCGGGUCCGGUGGCGUGGGCAAGUCCGCGCUCACGCUGCAGUUCAUGUACGACGAGUUUGUGGAAGACUACGAGCCUACCAAGGCAGACAGUUACCGCAAGAAGGUGGUCCUGGAUGGUGAGGAGGUCCAAAUUGAUAUUUUGGAUACAGCGGGACAGGAAGACUACGCGGCAAUUAGGGACAACUAUUUCCGAUCAGGCGAAGGGUUUCUCUGCGUCUUCUCCAUCACUGAACCCGAAAGCUUUGAUGCCACGCAAGAGUUCAGGGAACAGAUCCUGCGUGUGAAGAACGAUGAGAGCAUCCCGUUCCUGCUGGUGGGGAACAAGUCGGACCUGGGUGACAAGCGACGAGUGCCGCUGGACGCGUGUCGCGAACGAGCGCAAGCUUGGCAGGUGCCCUACGUGGAGACCUCCGCGAAAACGCGUGACAACGUGGAUAAGGCUUUCUUGACACUGAUCCGUGAGAUGUCGCAGCAGAAGAAAGGUCUUGCAGCGGCGGAGCAACCCAGCGACGAACGCAAGCAACGUUGUUCCCUGCCGUGCUGCCGCGUUAUGUAG